UCGGCGCUGUGGGGCGGGUCCGGGUCCGGGCCCGGGGCCGGACGGAGCGAUGGCGGACGUCCUGUCCGUGUUCAGAAGGGCUUGGACUCAGUUUUGGAGUCACGGCGGUGUCCGCGGUGCCUUGUUCCAACUCCUGAGAACAAGUGAUCUAAAAACUGGGAACCUCGUCGGGGAAGACAAGUAUGGAAACAAAUAUUAUGAAGACAAACGAUACUUCUUUGGUCGACAUCGAUGGGUUGAAUAUACUUCAGUGAUGAAUGGGAAGAACACUUACUGGGAAGUAGAUGGGAGCAUGAUUCCUCCAGAAUGGCAUCGUUGGAUUCACUGCUGUACCGAGCAUCCCCCCACUACACACCCUCCAGUUGAACGGAAAUUUAUCUGGAACACUCAUCAGUUUAACAUGAGUGGCUCAAGUGGACAGUAUGUACCCUAUUCGACUACUCGGAAGAAGAUUCAUGAGUGGGUCCCACCACAAACCAGCAAGUGAGCAGGUGCUGCCCCAAUUUGCACUGUAGAUUAUACCUUCCAUUUCUUCCUCAUUCUGUGUGGACAUCAAGCACUAAUAAAGUUGCAGUGUGGAUAUUUUGCUUGUAUCAGUCUACAAUCAACAAAUAUGCCUUCAGUAGAUCUCUUUCAAAUCUGUAAGUGAUCUUAUAAAACCAGAAUUAUUCCUAACAA